CCUUCUCCAGGUCCACAAAGCACAUGUAGACUGGUUGGGCAAACUCCCAUGCACCCUCCAGGACCGUGCUAAGGGUAUAGAGCUGGUCCACAGCAGGGCUGUUGGAACGACUUUAAUUUUUCGAAUAUAAUUCGACUAUUAAAAAAACAAUAGAAUUCGAACGCAGGAAUUACUAGUCGAAUGUUUUUUUUAUUAUUAUUUUUUUUUUCAAGACAACGUAAUGACGAAUUUUGUCGUUCUUCUAUUCAUUUUUGUUACAUGAGUCUGAGUCUGACUGAAUCCAAAUCUCACGUUGAUUUAUCGCGUUACUUCAAUGCUUGAACGUCAAAGGAAGAUAACCGAUAAACUGACACGAUUUAUCUGCAAAGAUAUGAGGCCGAUAAACAUCUCGCAGGGGUCUGGGUUUAAAGAUUUCGUCCAGGAGUUAGAACCCAGGUACGCAGUUCCUUCCCGUGCAACCAUCAGUGACAGAGUUGUUAAACUUUAUGAUGCAACAAAAGACAACAUCAAAAAAAUGCUAAGCGGAGAAAACAUUUCCCUGACAACAGAUGGAUGGACCUCGAUAGCCACCGAGGCAUAUGUGUCAUAUGUGACAGUCACCGCACAUUUCAUAAACGAGGACUGGGAACUGAAGGACAUCAUUCUUAAAACAGCCGAAGUCCAGAAAACCCACACAGCUGAACACGUCGCAGAGUGCAUCGCCAAUAUACUCGGAGAAUACAACGUGAGGCCCCAGUCGGUGCUGUCCAUUACCACAGACAAUGCGGCUAAUUAUAUUAACGCUGUCGAGAGGCACCUGCAAGUAGCCAAUGUACCAUGCAUGGCCCACACUAUUAACUUGGCUGUGAGGAAAGGGCUAACAGUGCGAGCUAUCGAAAGCCCUAUCAACAGACUGAAGGCCACAGCACUGCAUUUCAACAAGUCAACCACGGACAGCUACCUGUUGGAAUCUAAACAGAGGCUGCUCGGAGUGAAACCUGCUAAGCUGAUCAAUGAUUGUGCCACCCGUUGGAACAGCACUUACGACAUGGUGUGUCGGGCAGCGGAUCAGCAAGCUCCGGUGGCAGCUGUCAUCAUGGAGAAAAAACUCGGUCAUCUUGAGUUGAACACCAACGAGUGGAGCCUCAUGGAGCAGGUGAGCUCAUUGCUACAGCCUUUUAAAGUGGCCACGGAGGCAUUAUCAACUGACCGAUUUCCAACCGCAUCAGCCGUUCUCCCCCUUAAGUACGUGCUUAUGUCACAUCUUCAGCCAUCUACCGGUGAUCCUCAAGCACUCAAUGACAUGAAAACUAAGAUCUCCGCCGACCUCGAGAAGCGCUACAGUCAUACCAAAGAUGCGUUCAUGCUUCUCAAUUCUGCUAGUUACCUCGACCCCCGGUUCCAUCGACUGAUUCAUCUGACCGGAGAACAACAGCAGGAGGUGCGCGAUAAAGUACAUAGAGAGAUGAGGUUGAUUGCGGAGGAUGAAGAGCACGCGGAGAAUGAAGAGGGAGCAGGGGAUGGAACCCCUCUGGGUGCUAUGGGGUCCCUUUUGGGGAAUGUUUAUCGCCAGUUUGCUGGUCCAGGUGGUACUUUGGACAGUGGACUUGUGCUACAGCAAGAGAUGCGCAUGUACGAUGCUGAGACACCAAUACCUAGCGACAGCAACCCAUUGUCGUGGUGGAAGACGUCAGGAACCAAGUACCCUCACCUCGCCCGGCUGGCACGGCGCUACUUGAGCAUCCCGGGCACCUCAGUUAGAGCAGAAAGGGUUUUUUCCACUGCUGGCAUGAUAGUAAAUAAAAAACGCUCUGCACUAGACCCAGCAAACGUGGAUCGCCUGGUGUUUUUGGCUAACAACCUUUAGAAAUAGGCCUAAUAAAAAGAUGUGGCGUGUUAGAAAUGUAGGAAUGCCUGACUGUUAUCGGCCCACUGCCGCCAUAAGCACUUUCACUUUUGUAUGUAACGUGCGCAAUUUGAGUUAUUUUUGAAUUUGCAAAGUUGGUUAUUUUUGUAUGCACUUGAGUGCGCAAUUUGAGUUGUAGUUAUGUACGAUUUUAGUUAUGUUUAUGAGGCACUUUCAGUUUUGCCUGUGGGCAAUUUCAGUUAUUUUCGUAGGCUAUGUGACGCACUUUGAGUAAUGAGUUGAAUUUAAUAGUUAAUAGUUGAUAUAUUACUUCUGUGUAAACAUAAAGGUGAACCACAUAACCUAUCCAUUCUUUUGACACCAGAGCAUUUUGGUAUUAAAAAAAAAAAACAGAAGCAUUUUUUUAAAGGACCAGGUUUCUCCAGCAGCCUUGACGCGGCUCAGUGUUGUACUCAGAGUUGAAUUAAAAUUCAGAAUUGAACUUUU